AUGGCCAGAUUUCGGCGGAAAACCUGCGUCGCUUUAUCGCUUUUCACACUCUUCAUUUUCGGCACAAUGAUGGGGCUGAGGAUGCUGAAACAGACCGAGGGUUUGGGGGAGCCGGGUGCGAGGCUCCAGCAGCUUCCCAUGGAGGAGAGACGGCGGCUAGUGCCAGUCAAAGCCAUCCUCAUGCUGCCUCCCACCGUCACCAAGGCAGCGGCGGCUAUCUCCGGCCCCUUGCCCGGCUACCCCCCGAUCAACCCGGACCUGCACAUCUUCUACUACGCCUGGUACGGCAGCCCCCGCUUCGACGGCAGGUUCCUGCACUGGGAUCACCUCCUGGUCCCUCACUGGGACCCCAAAGUGGCCGCGAGUUAUCCGAGAGGCCGGCACCACCCUCCCGAGGACAUCGGCUCCAGCUUUUACCCGGAGCUGGGACCCUACAGCUCCCGGGACCCCCAUGUCAUCGAGGAACACAUGAGGCAACUUCGGUCUGCAGCCGUGGGUGUAUUGGUGUUGUCUUGGUAUCCUUCUGGAUUGGAAGACAACAACAGCGAGCCGGUGGAUGACCUGGUACCCGCCAUACUGGAUGCUGCAGACAGAUACAGUUUAAAGGUGGCAUUUCAUAUCUUACCGUACAUAGGACGUAAUGACCACACAGUGUAUGAGAACAUCAAGUACAUUGUGGACAAGUAUGGGACUCAUUCAGCGUUUUACAAGUACAGGACCAAUACUGGCAGAUUAUUGCCUAUGUUUUACAUCUAUGACUCCUACCUGACAUUGCCAGCUGCCUGGGCCAAUCUCCUCACAUCCUCAGGAUCGCUCAGUGUUCGCAACACACCAUAUGACGGAAUGUUUAUUGGUCUGUUAGUGGAGGAGAAGCACAAACAGGCAAUCCUGGAGUCGGGAUUUGAUGGCUUAUACACUUACUUUGCAUCCAACGGAUUCUCAUUUGGAUCGUCCCACCAAAACUGGAAGACCAUCAAGAACUUCUGUGACAGCAACAACCUGAUGUUCAUUCCAAGCGUGGGGCCAGGAUACAUAGAUACCAGGAUACGCCCUUGGAACAAUCACAAUACACGGAACCGAGUCAGUGGAAAGUACUAUGAAACUGCCCUCCACGCUGCUCUCACAGUGAGACCAGAGAUCAUUUCUAUCACAUCUUUUAAUGAAUGGCAUGAAGGCACGCAGGUAGAGAGGGCAGUGCCAAAGAAGACUGCACAAUACACCUACCUGGACUACUUGCCACAUGAGCCGAACCUGUAUUUGGAGCUAACACAUAAAUGGGCUGAGCAUUUUUGCAAAGAGAAAGAACAAUGGCUGAUGUAAAAAUCUUAUAAAUAAGAAGU